UUUCUUUGUGCUUCGCGUCGUUACAUCGUAUCAAAAUGGGAAAUCAAAGAAAACGUUCAAAAAAGUCAAAAUCGAAGUCUAAAAAGGAAGUAAGAGACUGGAAAAAGAUAGUGAAACAUUUAAAACAUAAAAUAAAGAAGCGUGAACGCAGAUAUUCAUCGUCAGAUUCGGAUUCUCGUGAUGGUUCGCUUUCUAGUUCUGGACGCUCCUCUCGUUCCAGCUCAUCAUCCAAGUCAAGGUCAAGAAGUCCUAUACGUAGAAAAGAUUACUCUUCCUAUUCCCGAUCACAUUCUCGUUCACGUUCCAAGUCUUCAAUUGUUUCAGUUGAAAAUCCUUCUGAAAAUGCCAAAAAUGAUAAGAAUCCUCCGCUUGACGAUGAUAAUCUUAUCUCCGAUGGUAAAGUAAAACCCAACAAACUCGACAUCCUUGGCGAAGAUCCCGCAGCAAAAGAUUCGAGAGAAACCAAGUUACACCCAGAUGUCGCCUCUAGAUGGAAAUAUUGGCUCAUUUCAGGCAUAACCGAAAAAGAAAAGGAGGAUUUGUUAAAUAAAUAUCCAAGGAAGGGCGACUGUCUUCUUGAACCUCCGCAGCUGAACCCAGAAAUUAAAGUGCCAAUGAAUGAUAUAGCCAAAAAACGAGACGACCAUUUUCAGGAUUUGCAGCGACUGACUGGUUCUGCUCUGGCCGCCAUAGGACCAGCUAUUUCAAAUUUACUUGGAGAGGAGCAACUUCAACCUUUACAACAUUUGCAGCUACUGUCAGACGCCGGAAAAAUGAUGACAGAACUUUUCCAUGCUAUUUCCAUCGCAAGACGUGCGUUCAUCACACCAGGUUACUCGAAAACUGUCAGAGAUAUUUUAAAUACGUCGACAGAAAAUCAAGUCUAUUUAUUUAAUGAUAAAUUAAAUGAAAAAGUUAAUGAAGCCAAAACUUUCGAAAAACUCAACCGCGAUAUGAAAAACGCUCAUGGAUCUGCAGGUAACUUUCAAAAACCAUCUGGUUCUUUAAACUCCAGGAGCUCAUCCUCGAAGAGACCGGAGACUACGCGGAUGAGCUGAGUUUAUACGUCUCGAACGAAUUCUUUCAAUCCGAAGAGAGCCAAAUCGGUUCCGGCAACGUCACGAUAUCACCAAGGACAGUCUCGACAAUCGAAUUUCAACAGGAAAUCGAACAUACCGAGACAAUAGAGGUACGUACGGCCGGUAAUCUUAAAAAUUUUUGUGAAAAGUGGGCAAAAAUUACCACUGAUACAUUUGUUUUAAAUUGCAUGCAAGGGUUUAAAAUUCCCUUUGCUCAAAUUCCUACGCAAUUCUCUCAACCUGUAGAGAGAAUUUGGAAU